AUGUGGCUGUGCAUCUACUCUCUGCGCUUGAUGUUUCAGUCACGGGGUUCAUAUUUUACCCAUCAGGCUGUGCAGAUGGACAGAGGCAUGUCUGUGUCUCUGUGGUGCGAGGAGGUGGAGGACGACCGGGGUCAGGGUCAGAACGAUGCUCCAGCGCAGGGUCACAUCAGGGGCUCGUCUCAGCUGCGAGCCGCCUGGGACCCCACUGUGUCGGAGCAUCGUGUGAUCCAGAGGCUGCUUCACGUGGAGGAGAGGUACAUGCCCUCCAUGCUCUACAUCACCCUCAUCCAGCGGGAUCCAGAGCGCAGGGAGGAGCUCACCAAAUGGGCCCUGGAGGUGUGCUGUGAGUGCGGCUGUGACGAGGCAGUGUUUCCUCUGUCUGUCUCUCUGAUGGACAGGUUCCUGUCUGCCUCUCUGUCUAUACCUGUUUCACCGUACUGCCUGGCGGCCAGCUGCAUCCUCAUCGCCUCCAAACUCACAGAGUGUGACAACGUCACUGCUGACACUCUCUGUGCAGCAGCUGAGUACAGCUUCCAGUCUUCCAACCUGCGGGAAAUGGAGCGUGUCAUCCUCGCCACCCUCCGAUGGGACACUGCAGCAGUGACCCCUCAGGACUUCCUCCCACAUUUUCUUGCCUCCGUGGAGCAGAGAGGAGAGGAAGACGGUGGUGAGUCUGAGGAGGGGCGGCUGUCCACCCUGCGGCGGCACAGCGACACUCUGGCUGCCAUGUGUGCCUGUGACUCCCGGUUUCUGGGAGCACCACCGUCACUUGUUGCUGCAGCAUCACUGAACUGUGCACUGCGAGGUCUGGGCAACAAGGGGCCCUAUCAGCUGGCUCUUAUGAGUGAAGCACUGGCAGAGUUGUGCCAGAGUGACCUGGCAGUGCUGCAGUGCUACAGCGAGAUGAUUGAAUACACCCUCCGCCAGCGGCUGAGGAGUGGACUCCAGCAGGGCCCCAUGGAGAAAGAUGAGGAGGUGGAGAAUGAAAGGGCCGGGACCCCCACUGACAUGAGAGAGAUUGAUUUCUAA